GUUGGUACAGUAUUACAUGACGGACCAACUCCGACAGUUUUGGUGAUUAACUCAACAGCAACUCCUCAUAACUAUGACUAUCGCAACUUUCAAUUUCUCUUCUUCUUUUUCUCGUCGUCAAGAAGACCUGGUCCUUUUUGAAGACACGAUUACCGCGACAGGUCUUAAGACACCCGCAAAGACUUGAGGAUCGAACUAAAACCCCAAGCUUCCCCCACUGGUGCCCCUCGUUUUCUCCACUAUGGUCAAGAUUCAGAGCAUCGAGUACUUUCGAGUGCUGCCACGAUGGCUGUUCGUAAAAGUGACGGAUGAAGAUGGCCUGUAUGGCUGGGGCGAGAGUACUCUCGAAGGACAUACGGAAGCUAUCGAGGGGACCCUUUCAGCACUAUCCAAGAGAUUCCAAGGAUAUGAAGCGGACGACAUCGAACAUAUUUGGCAGACAGCUUGGCGUCUAGGUUUCUAUCGCGGCGGCCCGGUCUUCAUGUCCGCCAUCUCGGGCAUUGACAUCGCACUCUGGGAUUUGAAGGGACGAAGAUUGGGUGUACCAAUUCACCAGUUGCUGGGAGGAAAAGUCCGAAACAAAAUCUCUGUCUAUGCUUGGAUUGGCGGUGACCGCCCCGCGGACGUGGAAGCGGCUGGUAAAGCCAGACUGGAGCAGGGCUUCAAGGCUGUCAAGAUGAAUGCUACUGAAGACGUCAAUUGGCUGGACUCCCCAAGCGUGCUCGAAUCCAGUGUCGAGCGUCUGAAGAGAGUCAAGUCAAUCGGUCUUGAUGCCGCCCUAGAUUUCCACGGCCGUCUGCACAAGCCCAUGGCCAAGCAACUUGCAAAGGCCCUCGAACCCCACCAUCCGCUAUUCCUGGAAGAGCCUCUUUUGUCUGAACACCCAGAAGGCAUAAAACACCUCUCGAAUCUUGUCAGCUGUCCAAUUGCUCUGGGCGAGCGUCUUUACAACCGCUGGGAUGUGAAGCGGUUCCUCGAGGAUGGGAGCGUUGAUGUCCUGCAACCCGAUAUCAGCCAUUGUGGUGGCAUCUCCGAGCUGCGCCGCAUCGCUGCGAUGGCAGAGACAUACGAUGUCGCCAUUGCACCGCACUGUCCUCUCGGCCCUAUCGCCCUUGCGGCCUGCAUGCAAGUCGACCUUUCCACGCCCAACUUUGUCAUCCAGGAGAUGAGCUUAGGUAUUCACUACAACACCGAUACGGAAUACGAUGUCACGAGUUAUCUUAAAGACCCCAAGGUGUUCGACGUGAAGGACGGUUACGUCGAGGCGCUGACCGCCCCCGGACUUGGAAUCGAAGUGGACGAGGAGAUGGUGCGGCGAGUAGCCAAGGACGCACAGCCCUGGCAACCUAAGGAGUUCUAUGGUGCCGAUGGCGGUAUCCGCGAAUGGUGAUCAUUCUCACGAGUACGAUGAAGACUCAAAAGGCUAUUGGGGCCAGGUGGGCUAAAUCCACAUCAACGUAGUAAUGAUGGUAUGAGAACGAGGCAUAAAGCAGUUCUGGAACAGAAGUAUCAAACAUCGUCUUAGCAGAGGAGCAGUAAACCCUCAUAGUCCCCCAACUGUGGGACAUGUCCUAUCGAUAGAUAUGGAGUUAAUGUGCAUAUAUCAUCCAUUCACAUCGA